AAAAUUAUUUCUCAGGCAAAGUUGUAGCCUCUGUUACACUCUACAGUUCGUACUUUGACACGAAACUUCUAGCUCUUAUCGUUUUCUUGCAAUUUUGAUUUAAAUGUGCGGCACAAUGCGCGAAAAAGUGUUUUCCAUGACAGUUGCAAAUUUAUGCAAAUGCGAUUGUUGCUGCCAGCACUGCCGGCGAUGUGGUGACAGAUCUGUAGUCUGUCAAUAUAUGCGUAGAUAAUAAUGUAAAGUCAGAAUGAAUAAGUAGAAGAAAGAACAGUUGUCAUAUUCACGUGGGUGAUCUGACGAUCGGUAAUCUCCGGCGUCUGUUUACCAGAACAUACCUAAAAGUUUCCUAAUUAUUGAAAUGUAACAUUGAAUUCGUAAGCUAAAUCACAGACAGCUAUCACAAUGCAUAAGGAAUAUAAGCUAUGGGACAAAGGACAGACGAAUGUCAAACAUAUGUAAAACCGAAUUAUGUAAGUUAUCUAAUAGAUAAAAGGUUGUAAUUCUAAUAAAAAUACUUUUUCAGCUAAAAGCUGAUUCGCACCAAACCCCUUGAGUUGCGAGCUGCUCCGAAGAUUUCGGUAUCCCUUUGCUCCCGUAACACUUUUAGAUAAUUCGACAAAGUGAAUACACAGUCGGCGGCAUCCCGCCCGGUAUUUCAUUUGGCACAAGAGGAAAGCAGCGUUGAUUACUCGCGCUCCGAUUUGUGUGACGAUCCUAAAUGGAUCAGCAGCAUUUGUUCAUCAACAUAUGUUGCGAUCAACAGAGACUCUACUCGGAUUGCCCUUCUCCAACUACAAGAGAAGCAGCGCGCAUUUAAGCAGCGCGAAAUGGAAUUGGAGAGACGGGCUAAAGAGCAGGAGGAAAUGUAUUUGCAGAAGAAAUACGAUUUGCUACAGCAAUUACGACGACAUCGAGAUGCGAAAAAACAUAUCAAGGUAGCUGGAGACAUCGUCGCCGAGUGUCAAAUUGUUGACUACAGCGGAGGCAACAAAAGGUCACUCGAUGAUCAACAACAAUCACAUGCAUCAAUGCAACCGAAACGUGUGGGUCUAGGAAUUAUACAUUCGGAACAGCAGCUGAAUACUAGCGCGUUCCCUAAAACGAAUCCGACCGAACACCAACUGAUCGCCGAAGGCGAUAAACCUAGGAAAGCUAAACCAGCUGGGUCCAACGAAGAGCUUCGCCGGAAUCAAAUGCAAAAAGCCAAAACAAGCAACGAGUAUCAACCGAAUAAACUCGGGUAUGCUCCACUGAGCUUUCAGCCCGAACUUGUCUCCCGAAAGAGUAAAAUCUCUUCAGCUUCUCUCUCACCAUCCUUGGAUGAGUUCAAUACUCAGCUUGAUCGAGAAACAGCUCCCGAUAUGAUUGACACACAUACGAAUGGUCCUUCUAGAUUUGUAGCACCAAAAGUACCUGAACCGGCUCCACCUCCCUCACCAUGCGAAUCGCAACGAAACAAUCCAUGCAGUUUAUCUUCGGUUGUCAGUGACACUCAUGUGUGGCUUAUAUCCACUGGAGCGUCUGGAGCAUUCGGUAACUCAACCCAGGACUCAAUCCGAUGUUUACAAAUGAGCUGUAGCGACUUCUUGAGUGAGAAGUUGCUUUCGGAAAGUGAUACGCUGAUUUGCAGAAACCGCAGAGGCAGGAGUUAUCGCUGUCCAACCAACUCUCUAUGGGAUGCCAUUGCCAUCACCGGCGAGCGAAACUUGAACAUGGGUCACUAUCACCACGAAGCGAAUCAACAGAACUCAGCGCCGUGUAUACGAUGCCGAGAAAGUGAAUAUCAUUUCCGAAAUUUUAGUGAGCCAAGUUAUUAUGAUAGACUUUUCAGCUCGAAAUCUUACAGCCAAAACAAAUUCCGUUCACGGGAAUUUUGCAAGUUUUGCCGACGUUGCCGAGCAUCGUAUUUUAUCCACGAAGGUCAAAGCAUCCAGAAAGACCACGGCGGGAAAUACAUAGGAAGCUCGAGUGGAAAGCAGCUGCAUGAACCCGCGGGACAGUCCUCAACAUAUGCGAUGGUUUUUGUCAAAAAAUUGUUCAAGUCGUGGAUGCCACUAACAUUGUUGCUUCUGCGAUUUCAUAGUCAAGGUGAUGGAGUAGAAUUUCAUCGACUAUUUAUCGGCAGGAAUAGGAAACUCGGUUGCCUCGAGGAUCAAACCGUUUUGCCCCAUGAUCGUGGAUUGACAUACAAACGCAUAACGAACUCUAAGCAGCAGGACUACCAACAACAACAGAAGCUGCUCCAGCAGGCACAUCGAUUACCACAACAACCCCUGCAUGAUCUGACAGUCACUGGUCCGGCUGCGGCGAUACCACCGAAACAACGGCAAGGUCCGGUACGGGCCCUCCAAUAUCGGGACAGCGUGUACGAAAACCGCCACCUGUUGCAGGCCGGGUCGAUCAGUAUCGUCGACAGCUAUCAGCUAUUGAACGAAUUCGGCCGGGGUCACUUUGGCAAGGUUAUUCUGGCCCAGUACCGGUACACCGGCGAGUACUUUGCCAGCGAAGCGCUCAGGAAGGACGACAUCAUCGCCCGGGACGAGGUGAAAUCGUUGCUCAGCGAAAGGCGCAUCUUCGAGAUGGCCAACACGAUGCGGCAUCCAUUUCUGCCGAACCUGUUCGCGUGCUUCCAGACUAAUCAACACGUAGGCUUAAUAAUGAAGUACGCCGCCGGAGGUGACUUGAUGAUGUACAUCCAUUCCGAUGUGUUCCCCGAACCGCUGACGUUGUUCUACGCCGUUUGCGUUGUGUUCGGUGUACAAUACACGAGAGCUUUUGUUCAGCAGCCAGGUAAAGAAAGGUGCCUGCAAUUAGGUCGCGAUCUCGAAUUUCACGAUCGCUUCCAGCGGAAAGGGUACUUCCUUUUUAAGAAAUUGGUUGAUGAAAAAGUCCUCAUCGUUUCGUUUCGCAAAUGCGACAACAACAUAGACAUUAUUUGUGAAGAUGAUAGCAAAAAAUAGGUAUGCUAGGGCAGGUAAUUUUUGGGUACUGCGAAGCAGAACUACUACGCUUUGCCAUGCAGUUAGUAUUUGUAAAACUGGACCGUUGGCCAGUGUUACGGGGGGGAGUAUGUUGCUGCCAGCACUGCCGGCGAUGUGGUGACAGAUCUGUAGUCUGUCAAUAUAUGCGUAGAUAAUAAUGUAAAGUCAGAAUGAAUAAGUAGAAGAAAGAACAGUUGUCAUAUUCACGUGGGUGAUCUGACGAUCGGUAAUCUCCGGCGUCUGUUUACCAGAACAUACCUAAAAGUUUCCUAAUUAUUGAAAUGUAACAUUGAAUUCGUAAGCUAAAUCACAGACAGCUAUCACAGUAAGUUUGAACCUAAAUCUAUCUGAACUAAAUUAACCUUAAAACUAUAUCACAGAUGCAUAAGGAAUAUAAGCUAUGGGACAAAGGACAGACGAAUGUCAAACAUAUGUAAAACCGAAUUAUGUAAGUUAUCUAAUAGAUAAAAGGUUGUAAUUCUAAUAAAAAUACUUUUUCAGCUAAAAGCUGAUUCGCACCAAACCCCUUGAGUUGCGAGCUGCUCCGAAGAUUUCGGUAUCCCUUUGCUCCCGU